GUCGUGAAGUGAAUUUCUCACUACUAAAAGACUCUCUCGGCUACCGCCAAGUAAAAAGGAACCUUCUUUCCUUCUCUAAAUAAUACUCUUUCUCUUUCCUACUGCAAAAGUAAAAAGGAAUCUCCUAUCCUUCUCUAAAUAAUAUGCCUUCUCUUUCCUACUGCGCAUUGUAUAUUGUCUCCAUGACAACAGGAAUUUGUUUGAUAGACCGGUAGAACAGUAGCUGAGAGAAUGGUCGAAAAACAAGUGUUUACAAGUGAGGUGUAAUUGUUGUUAUUGAAAUGGCUCCACCAAAAGAAGAGAAAGAAAUUGAUUUGGCUGUUAUCAAUAAGCAGAUAGUUGAAAUCAAGAAGAAGAUACAGUUAUCAGAAGGAAGAAGAAAGGCGUACUACGAAGAGUGUGAUGCAGAGAAGAAAAGGAAUGUGGAGAAAAUAAGAAAUUUGAAGAAGUCAAUCAAAGAACUCUAUUCGGAGCUCGCAAAACCUGCCAAGUUUCAGAGUGAUGAGAUGAUAUUGAAAGCUGGGGGAAAAUUCACCAAAGAAACUACAGCUUUGAGAAAUAAAGAUAUUGAAGAAGUAGCUGAACUGCUUGAUUACAAAGUAAUUGAUUUACAGAAGAAAUUGGAUUUAAUCAACCAUCAAGCUAAAGAGUAUCAGAGUGAAAUGAAGAAACUAGCUGACAAGUAUCACAAACUUGUUAUGUGCUCAGUUACUGACCCAGCUAAGAAGAGAAGGGAACCUGCCGUUAGAAUAAUUUCCACCCUAGAAAACCAGAUUCACCGUAUCGAAAUGAACCAAAUGGAGGCCGAUCAUUUGCGUAAGAAAUAUCGUUCGAUUAGGUCCAGUUUGUUGCAAGAUGGUGUCAAAUAUGAGAGCAUGCUGAAGAAACUGGAAGACGACAUUAUGAAAGAAGAAAACGAAAUUAUGCAUUUACAGAAUAUAAAUAAAGAAGCAGUAGGUCUGAGGGAAAGUACAAAAGGUCUACUUAUAAGACAAGAAAUGGUAGCCAUGAAUGCAGCCAAAGCCAGAGAUAGACAAAUGCAAGAAUUAAGAUGCAAAGUUGAGGAGAGAAAACUGGAGUUGGAACGGCUGGAGAGGAGAAUCUUCCCCACUGGACGAACAGUCAUACAUCAGGAUUCUGCAAACUCAACUGACUUGAAUCAGGCAACAGCUGAUGAGGCCUUAUCAGCCACUGAGCAACUCGACAAGGCUUUCGCGACUCUCAGAGAUGCUACAGGUGUGACUGCCACAGAAGAUGUGCUGGACCGUUUCUUUAGCCAGCAGGAGACAAGAACUCGACUGACUUUCCUGAAAACAUCGACCGAAGAGGAAAAGAAAGACCUGGAGAAGAGGAGAGACAUGAUGAUGGCUGAACUUGAGGCUUACAAAUUUGCUCAAGUCAAGGAUAAAGAACAGAACGAAGAGGAAGUGGAGAAUGUAAAACUGGCGAUAGAGAACGAAAUAGCGAAGAAAGAGAGACUGGACGACGAAGCUGAGGAGAAAAAGAGAACUUUGAUUGAAAUGAAAUGUCGAUUGCACGCUCUCUGUCUUUUGCUACAACACGUGAACACCCGGCCCGUACCACCGCUGAUAGAAUCAGUGGACGGAGCGCAAGAAAUGCUGACUGAGCUAACCGGUCGCCUAGAGACGGCCCUGCAACGCUACCAGGAGAAACUCACCCUGGAGGAGAUGCGCAAACAGGAUGAGCAGAUGCAACGGGAACAGGAGCUGGAGGCCAUUGAUGAAAUAGAGGAGGUCAAGGUGCAAAAGCAGAAGCAAGAAGAGAAGGAGGUGCUUUUUGGCAGGCUGAUCGAGCCGGCUGUGGACAGAGUGAGUGAGCCGGAAGACGAGGAAGAAGUACCGUCUAGAGGCUACCUCAAACGCCAGGCCCAGGUCAUAGUAGACUCCAAGAGUCGGCGCAAGGGAUUCCGGGUCCAGAUGCAACGCAAUUUCGGCAAGAAAAUGUAGAAAAAUUUAUAGAAACAGAGAGGUUAAUAGAAAAAUAAUAAACUUAAGGGUUUAGGAUGGAAAUGUUGAGGAAGUUUCGGAGGAGAUUGGGAGGUAAA